GUCAACUAUCCAAAACGGGUUUUCUCAGCGAUUUAAUAAACCUUUUAAUAAACCACAGCUUAACCAAUCGUUUGUUAAUCAUGUGCUAUAUAUCUUCCAGGUUAUUUGUACAAGUAAGGAAUAAAAAUAAUCUGCGAUUGCACCUUUAACAGCUAGGACUUUUAUCUUCACCAUGCUGUGUUUCUUAGAGUUGCUUGAUUCCUCCUGUGUUCAUCCGUUUAGCUGCAGGCUGGGGCCUGGUUUUGGAGCAUAUUUGCAUUUUCAGAUCAUUUUGUUCCUGUUAUUUGACAUCAUUUGCUAUAGACAGCUGGAACUGAGAGAUCUACAGCGUCUUCUCUACAGCUAGCGUCGUCUUUAUUCGUCGUCUGUUAGCUGUUAGAGCUAAUAUUAGCUUUAGCUUGCUUAAUGUUUUGGGUUUCCUUUGUCGCACUGACGUUUGUUCUUGCUUCCAGGUGCACUCGUUUAACGAAAAAAAAAGACCUUUAACUUAACAAUAUCCUUUCUCCCUCUUUCUUUUUGUCUUCUUUUAGCUUGCUAAUCACAGUACGUUAAAAUUAGUUGUUUUUUUUCCCUCCCUCUUUCGAUUAUUUGGCGCUAAUGCGAAUAUGCUAACUAGCUAGCGCGAGCGGUUUGUUUAUUGUAUUUAAUGACAACAGUCAUAAAUGUUCACACACACACCGAGGCGUUGUGGCACUUCCGGUUUUUAUCUUUUUCCUGCCAUUUUAUAGCGUCGAUUAUUGAGUUCAAAACAGCGUCGAUUAAUCGCGUCGCCUGACUCGCAGCGACCCAGUUGUUUUGAUCCGCCUGCGUCACCGAGCAGCUACGCCGAUUCGAAUUAUUUUACGCAGACGCGAACGAAUUUACGCAAAUUCCAGCCAUGUUUCGCUUCCUGGAUGACGUCGAUGACAAUCCGUACAUGAUGGACCCGUUCGCAGCACACCGUCGUCAGAUGAGGAGUGUGUUCGGGUCGUUCGGGUUUGACCCGUAUCCUCUGAGUCCUCAGAUCCAGUCGGCCCGAGCUCCCAUGCAAGUACAGCCUCAGGCUGGUGCAUUGGCCCCCUUUGGUAUGAUGGGAAUGGGAGGAGGAUUCAUGGAUAUGUUUGGGAUGAUGAACGGCAUGAUGGAAAACAUGGAGAGGUUCUCCGGUUCUCCAUCCUGUCAGUCAUUCUCCUCCUCCACCAUCAUCUCAUACAGCAGCGACUCCGGAGCUCCAAAAGUGUUCCAGCAAACCAGAGAAAUCAGAACAGCACCUGGAGGGAUCAGAGAGACACGUCAGUCAUUGCGUGACAGUGAGAGCGGAAUGGAGCGGAUGUCCAUUGGCCACCAUAUUGGAGAUCGAGCACACGUGAUGGAACGUUCCAGAAACGCACACACUGGAGAUCAGGAGCACCGACAAGACUUCAUCAACCUGGAAGAAAGUGAAGCUGAAGCCUUUGAUGAGGAGUGGAGGAGGGGAGUAGGGCGCUACAUGAGCCCUAACGCCCGUGGCCUGGAUUACGGACGGAGCCGAAGGACAGCGGCAGGACAACUGGCCUUACCCGCGCCACCAAACUCCAACUCCUCUUCCUCCCCUCGACCUCCCCACCGUCCCCGCUACGACUGGUGAGGGGUGAAGGAACCAAGCAGAAGAGCCUCAUGAUCUACCUGAUGAUGUGAACGAGAUUGUUUAGGAAACCCUGUUCCUGCAUCCUGGCGUGAAGUGUGUGUGUGUGUGUGUGUGUGUGUGUGUAAAAUGUUACACUGCAGGACUGACACUGUACAGAAUAAAUAGCUGGGUCCAAAAAUCCGAGUGCACUACUGUCUGCUAUAUAGGCCACAUCACAAUAGUCUCACCAUCCCUGUGGACGUGUCACUACGUAGGUCGUGGUGCAUUAUGGAGUACAAUGUCUGGACCCUACCCUAUUGCAGGGCAUUGUGGGAAUUCCUGUGUGUGUGUGUGUGUGUGUGUGUGUGUGUGUGUGCUGGAUAUGCUUCGACAGAAUAGUGGACUCCAAAGAUAGUAAAAAGUUGUGAUUUAGGACAUACAGUGAGUGUUAAUAGUAGUAUUGAGACUGCAUUCAUGUUUGCUUGGUAGUGCACUCUGACAUUUUGGACGCUGUGUAGCUUCAUCACAUGCGUAAACACACACACACACACAAACACACACAAACAAACAAACAUUCAAAGUCCAUUCCUAUGCUUCCAACUCUUAAAUAUUAAAAUGUGUAAUUAUAUACUGCUACACACCAGGCAUGUGCCGAUAUUAAAAUUUCAUAUAACCAAAAAUAGAUUAAGUUCUGUUGCAAUUAACGAUAAAAAAAUACUAUUGAUUCAUCUCAUGCCUUCUCUGAUAAGGAAAAACGCGCCACAUUCUCCAAAAUAAGGACUCUCAUAAGACAGCCGUCCUCAUAUGGAAUUGUGAACGAGACACGCAGGACGAUCUGCGCCUCCUCCCGACUGGAAAGCUGACAGCAUUUUGUGUCAGCAGUGUUGAAUAUUGCGGCAUAUUGUAUUCUUAACCAUCGGCACAUGCCUACUACACACACACUGUACAGUUCAUUAAUGUCUGUGUUGUUGACACUAUGCUAAUCUGUGAUUUGAGCUGUACACUGUUGACUAGUUAAACUUAUUAAUAAAUAAAUUAAAGUUG